ACAAGUGUGUUGAAAAGGAAAAAUAACAGGGAAAGAAACCCUCGUUCCCCACUCGCCGCCGCAUCCCCGCGGAGCUCCACGCGCGGCAAUUCCUCGCCGCCGCCUCCGCCUCCGCCUCCGCCUCCGCCGGUGGGCUUCCUCACCACCGCCGAACUCUCCUAUCCCUCUUCGGGCUUACCAAGCCGCUUCUCAUCUCCUAAGCCGUCCUCGACAGUGCCUCCCCGCCCCCGUUCUGCCGCACCCAGCAAGCUCUCCUCUCAAUGGCACAAUCAAGUGGCAGUGAAUCCAGUGGUGGGGGAAAAGACAAUGAUGGCUCAACUCGUAUCCCCUUCACUCUUCAUAGAGUUUUUCGAGAUGAUGACACCAGUCUGUGUUCUCUCUAUUUGGAGAUGCCUUCUGGUAUGGAAGACAUCUCCAAAAGUUACGCUUAUCCAAAGGUUUUUCUUUUAGUGAAUGAUAAAGACAAAAGUCAAAAGGAUUGCCUAAAGAUGAUGCAUAAUCUCAUUCAUGAAAAUGUACUGGGAGUGAAGUUCUGGGAAGAGGUCGAAGGUGAACCAUACAUCCGGGUUUACGUCGAGCCAUACACUGCAUUUGUUUCAGAGCUUCUUAAGAAUGCUGAAUUUGCUGUGCAUCCAAUAAUACACUCGGUUCCAUCUCGGGAUUUUAGAAAAAUGGUGUGGGCAGCAAUAAAUGCCUUGGAUUACAUUAGAGAGAGUGGUAAUUACCAUGGCAACUUUUCAUGGAGAACUACGCUUUAUCAUGAGGCGAAUGGCAACAUUGUAGUCAAGUUAGCAUACUUUGAAAGGAAAAACUCCAAAACUCUGUUGCAAUGUCAAGCUGAAGAUUUCAUCUCUCUAGGAGCCUCUCUUGAGGCGGUAUCUCGACAUGUGAGGAAUAACUAUGCUAAAUUCCAGAAUCAAACUUGUUGCUUAAUAGAUGAUCUCGCAAGCAAGCUGAAGUCUGUUACCAAGUUUUCGGUUGGUACAGCGAAACAUGAUCUUGAAGAUCAUGAUUUUUUUUGGGAUGAGAAAAGGACGAAGAUGUUCUUUGCCUAUGAGGUACCCAAGAUUUUUAAGAAUGAAGCAGUUAAGAAUAGAUUUAGGGCGCUUCCAACUUGUCCAACGCUCCCAUGGAAAACAAAAUGGUCACCUGAUCCAUUAUCUGACCCAAUUCUCAUCGAAAUGGAGAAGUACCGUGCAAAACAUGGACUUGGACAGUACAAUGAAAAUAGUUUCGAAGACUUUUUAAGAUUUAUAAGCGGGAUGUACACACAUGAAAAUUUACUCAGGAAGCAGAUUGAAAACCUCGUCGUUGAUGCAGAAGUUCGCGUGAGGUUUCCUCGUCUAUCUUAUGAUUUAAAUACUAUCAUACGGGGUGCUGCGUAAGGUCUGAUGUUGGUGGCCUUGAGGAGUAUCACAGAGACCACAUGAGGAUGCCAAGCUUGUAGGAGUGCAUGUAGUUUAUGUUGGAGUCAUGAAGGAAACACUGAAUCAAGGCGCUGUCGGUGCAGCUGAAAUUUAAGCUGUUUGUAUCUGUAUUCUGUAGUAGAAUGUUCCAGCAUGGUAGUGAUGUUGCCUAGUUUAAUUCAGAUGCCUAGCAUGGCAGUGAUGUUGCCUAGUUUAAUUCAGAGGUGGAGCAUGAUAAAUCGAACUGUGAUGUUGCCUAGUUUAACUGUAAUCUUGGAUGCUGUGGAUCUGCUGUUUUAGUUGCUUGUAGAAGACACUUUGAAUAUUA